ACUUUCACUGCCAAAGAAGUUUCACAGUUCAAACACGUGACUAAAAAUACUAUACGGAUGUAAAAUAAGUUACGACGAAAGCGAAUGAUAAUCAUUUGAAACGAGACAUUUGAAGGAACAAGCGCUUCUUGACUAUUCAGAUAUGUUAUCUCCGCGUCGGAUAGCAGUGAUAGGAGCAGGGGCGAGUGGUUUAACUGCCAUCAAAUGCUGUAAAGAAGAGGGUAUGGAUGUCACUUGCUUUGAAAAAACAGAAAACUUCGGAGGUCGGUGGCAUUUCAGGAAACAUUCCAUACCCGGCGUUGCUUCAGUCAUGAAGUCAACGGUGUCACUCCACAGUAAAGAGAUGAUAGCUUUCAGCGACUUCCCUCCUCCUAAAAGCUUUCCAAAUUACAUGCAUAACACAAAAAUGCUGGAGUACCUGCAAAUGUAUGCACAGCAUUUCGAUCUUUCAUCUCAUAUACAAUUUCAAAAUGAAGUGGUUCAAGUCUUUCCUGCCAAAGAUUUCGAUACUUCAGGGAAGUGGCUUCUGAAAAUAGUCGAUUUAAAAACAGGCAAAAAGAAUGAACAAGAAUUCGAUGGAGUAAUGAUUUGUACUGGAAGGCUGUCGCAUCCUUACAUACCAACGACACCGAACAGGGAAAACUUCAAAGGAAAGGUGAUUCACACUCAGUCACUGAAAACGACGGCAGAAUUCGAAGAUUUAAAUGUGUUGAUUAUUGGAAGCGGAAAUUCGGCCAUGGAUGCAGCCGUCGAUAUUAGUAUUCUGGCGAAGCAAGUUUAUUUAAGUACUCGGAGUGGAACUUGGGUUCUUCCAAAAGUCGGACCUAGAGGACUUCCAUUUGAUAUGAUAUUGUUACGAAAACAUUUUCACACAUUGAAACGUUAUUUCAAUAGUACAGUGAAUAGCUUCCUAGAAAAGAAAUUUCAACACGAAGUUUAUAAUUUGAAGCCAAAUCAUCGAGUUCUUGAUGCUCGUCUCAUAAUGAAUGACAUUAUUCCUGAUAAAAUACUUACUGGAAGAGUGCUUAUCAAAGGAAACAUAAAAAAAUUCGAAGAAAAUGCUGUUGUUUUCGAAGGUGAACAAACUGCACAAGAAAUAGACGUUGUUAUUUUUGCGACUGGUUACGAAAUGAAGAUACCAAUACUGGACGAUAAACUCUAUAAAACAGAUGAAAGCCAAUUUAAUCUUUAUAAGAAAGUUUUUCCUUUGGGCUUGAAGCAUUCUACAUUAGCAGUGAUUGGAUUUGUCGAAUGUCAAGGCCCCACAAGUACUGUUGCAGAAUCUCAAAGCAGAUGGGCGGCUAGAAUAUUUAGUGGUAAACUGAAAUUCCCCAGCGAAGACAUUCUGAAAGAACGUUUGAUUAAAAAAGUUACCAAGUAUGCAGGGGAAGACUAUAUGGAGUACAUGAAUGAAUUAGCCGAAGAAUAUGGUGUGAAACCUUAUAUGUCAACUUUUCUCUUCAAAGAUUUCUACUUGUUCUGGUCAUGCUUCACUGGACCUUUUACUUCUUACCAGUAUAGAUUAUCGGGGCCUCAUAAAUGGAAUGAUGCUCGAAAAGCGAUUUUUGAAUGUUAUGAUAGAGUAACUUAUCCACUGUCCGCAAAAUUAUUUUCAGGAAAGUAUUUUCGAAGUAAAAGCGAAAACGAAGAAGAAAGAUCUCUGCCGCAAAAAUCUCGAGCGAAAUGAGUUUCAGUAUACAGUAAAAGGCUAUGUACAUGAAUUUCCAAGACUAGUUUAAAAAUAUUAUAUUUUUAAUUCUCUUGCAUAUUAUUAUUGAAUAUUCUACAAGAGAUAACAAAGAUAUGCUUAGACAUUUCCACAAUAACAAACAUUGCGUGACACAUUGAUAUGCUAUAAAAGGAUUUUUUUAUAUAAUCAAUUUGUAUCAAUAUGUAUCCAUUUUUUGUUGAAAAAGAAGUUGUAAAUGUUUUUCUGUUUGAGCAUUGAACACAUAUGCGAAU